UAUGGCUUAAAUGUCAUGAAACUUAUACCACCGUCUGACAAGCCUGUUGUAAUGGUAGUUGAUGCCAUGGCAUUCAUUCAACGUUACCAGCAUCUUGGGAGCAGCACCUUCUAUGAACUGCAAGGGAAUUAUCUGAGGCAGUUACUUGAAAUGCUCCCAGACCAGUGUGACUGCAUCCACUUUGUUGGUGAUAGAUAUGAUUUCUCUCCAGCUGAAAGUCUGAAAGGUGAGGAGCGAGAGAAGAGGAUGAAGACCUGCCCCAGCAAAAUGAAGGAGUAUAAGCCGCAUGACACACUCCCUGUACCUGAAUGGAAAGGCUUCAUUCACAAUCCACGGAAUAAAGCUAAUCUGUUGAACUACCUGGGGGAAGCAUGGACUGCUCAGAACAAGUCACUUCCUGCAGGGUGCACACUUAUUCUUGGUGGAGUCUUUUGUGAUCCUGGUCGCACUGUGCUCUUGUCAGCAAAUUGUCAGAUUGAGCUUCCAGAACUUUCCUGUGAAAAACAUGACGAGGCAGAUACUAGAACGUUUGCUCACAUUGCAUAUUCAGUACGCAUUAUGCACCACAAACGGGCUGUGGUAGUUGCAACUGACACAGAUGUGAUCAUGAUGUGCAUCUACUACAUCAGACACAUGAUUGGGCUGCAGGAGCUGUGGGUGAAGAUGAAUGACAACUUCCUACCUGUUCAUGCCAUGACAGAAGCUCUGGCAGGGAAGUAUGACACUGCACCUGCAGAAUUUACAUCCAUUCUCCUCAGCACGUACAUACUUACUGGAUGUGACACAGUGAGCUAUCUUUACAGAAGAGGGAAAAGGCAGGCCUACACAACUACCAUUAAACACCUGACAGACCUUCUGCCACUCUGCAGGAGUGACUUUGUUGGGACACUGGAUGCCCUGCGAGCCCAUCUCUUUGUUAACAUCAAAGGAGACAUGCGUUGCCUUCCUCCAACAGAAGAUGCCUUCUUAUUACACCUUCGCCGUGCUCUUCAUCAAUUAGCUGUGUGUAAGCGGGCGCACCUGGUUCAGCCAAACCACCCAGCUGCUACUGAGUUUGGGAGGCAACUUGUAAACGGCAAAUUGGUGCCAGUUAUGAUGCUGAAAGAGGCAAAACCAUCGGAACUCAAACUCAGCAAAUACUGCAACUGCAAGAAAAGCAUGUGUGCCCGAGGAUGCUCCUGUGCAAGAGCAAAUGUGAGGUGUGGCAUUGCAUGCCUCUGCACCGGGGAUCCCAACAGAUGUUCAAGGAUUGAACUUGCGCUUGAAGAAAGAGACAUGUAAGUUGACUGUGUGUAUGUGUGUGUGUGUACACGUGUGUACAUCAAUGUGAAGGGGGGCAUCUUUUAUCCAGCUGCGGUAUGACCCACCCUGUCGGUCUUGUUUGUUGUCUCAUCAGGCGACAGGAAGGAUCUGCAGUGUGCCACCCUCCUGAUUAUCCCAAUUCACAGGGACCCGCGCAGGGACCCCACGUUUACUUUUAAAUUACUUUGUUCUAUUAAAGUUGUCAG